AUGAUGAUGUCAUUCAAAUCAGCUGCCAUUGUUGCCGCGCUCUUGCUCGCCAAUGAAGCCAGCGCAUUCACACCACCAGGAAAGAGUUUGGGAGGCCAAGUCAACUCCUUUUCUACUGCGGGGCCAGGUGUUUCUUCCCAACCAAGAUCUACCCGCACUUCUUUGUACAUGUCCACCCGUACUGGACGUGAUUUCUACCAAAUUUUGGGCAUCAAUCGCAGUGCUGAUACCAAAGAAAUCAAGAGUGCUUACCGAAGGUUGGCAAAGCAAUUCCAUCCAGACGCAAAUCCAAAUGAAGACACUACCGAAAAGUUCCAAGAAGUCAACCGUGCUUACGAAGUUCUAAAGGAUCCCGACUUGAAGAAAAAGUACGACAUGUUCGGAGAACAAGGUAUCGGAACGUCCGCUGCCAGUGACCAAAGUGCUGGAUCUCCCUUUGGUGGCGGUGCCGGAUUUGGUCAAGAGGUGGACUUGGGCGAUAUUUUCGAUUCCUUCUUUGGCGGCGGCAUGGGAGGUGGCGGCGGCAUGGGCGGCGGUGGCCGUGGUGCUGGUACCCGAACCCGUGGUCCAGUGGUCGGCGACGACCUCCGAUUCGACUUGGAAAUUGAUUUCAAGACGGGUGUCUUUGGGGGUGAAGAAAAGGUCCGCAUCCGGCACUUGGAGACCUGCGACACUUGCUCGGGAGACGGCAUCAAGCCCGGUAGCAAGAUUAGUACUUGUCCCACUUGUGGGGGUAGUGGUGUUACUGUUCAAGUUACCCGAACGCCACUCGGAAACUUCCAAACACAACAAACUUGUCCCACCUGUCGAGGAACUGGUCAAAAGGUCGAAGAAUAUUGCGGAACUUGUGGUGGACAAGGUGUCGUCCAAAAGACCAAACAAAUUAAGGUCACCAUCCCCGCUGGUGUGGAAGAUGGAAACAAGCUUCGAGUACGAGGUGAGGGAGAUGCUGGUCCAAACGGCGGUCCUUCUGGAGAUUUGUACAUUUUCUUGCGCGUCAAGGAAGAUCCAGCCUUCCGUCGAGAGGGUCCCGAAAUCUACAGUGAAGAGACCAUUAGUUACAUUGAUGCUAUUCUUGGAAACUCGGUCAAGACUCCAGUGGUCGACGGGGAAGUCACCAUCAAGGUCCCUCCUGGAACUCAACCAGGACAGGUUAUGCGUCUGAAAGGAAAUGGAGCUCCACGAUUGGGUGACCCCAACUCGAGAGGUGAUCACUAUGUGACCAUGAAGGUGGAAAUCCCCAAGGAUAUGAGCAAGGAAGAAGAGGAAUUGAUUCAAAAGCUGAAGGAAGUCCGAGAAAAGAAGUCAAAGAAGGGAUUCUUCAAUCGAUAG